UAAGCCUAGCAUGGAAAGCCUGAGGCAUGACUGCUGUGAGUUCAAGGCUACCUUGGACUGCCUCAGCUAGGGUUAUAUACUAAAACUGUCUCAAGGGAGAGGUGUGCCCUUAAUUCCAACUCUGAAGGGAAAGACAGGAGGGUCUGCAUGUAGUCUUCGGGGUGCCAUGAUGACACCCUGCCUCACAGGAAAAGGGCUUGAAGGGUAGCUUCCGAUGGCUCACUGGAUGGCUCUAUCAUCCCUAGGAUCCACAUGGUGGAGAAUGUACUCCAAGUUAUCUUUUGAUCUCUAAAAGUAAUCUUCACACAGGAGUGCACAUAAUAAGUACAUGUGAUUUUUAAGUAAUUAGCAAUUAGAGGGAAGGUUCUUUUAAAGUAGAAGAGACCCUAAAAAGGACAGAAAGUUAAUUAUCUCAUUUAAUAAUUAGUUGAACCUGGCAUGAUAGAACAUGCCUUUAAUCACAAAAGUUAAGUUCAAAGGGCCAUCUUGGUCUACCUACCAAGUUGCAGCCCAGCUAGGGCUAAUGAGACCUUGUCUCAAAAAAUAAAAAUGAAAAGGCUUCCCUACAAACAUUUUCCAAGGUGCCCAAGAAAGUGGAGAGGUGGCUCAGCAGUUAAGAGCACUGACUGCUCUUGCAUGGGACCAGGGUUCAACUCCCAGCAACAGCUUUAAAGGAGCUUUGCUGCCCAGCUCACUGGCCCAGGAGGGCCGUCAUUACCUUGGACCCUUCUAGCCAGAGGUGGUAGACUAAUAUAUUCCAUCCACCACAUGCCACAUUGGUUCCGAAAAUCCCCUAGAAGGUGCAGGGAUUCCUUUGCUGCUCCACCUCAGGAACUUACAAGCAAAGCAGCUCUGCAAAACUUCUGCCCCUGGGGGAAGGAGGUGAAGGUGGGGACACCAGAGGUGUUUCUGGGCCCUUGGCCACUUCGGUGGAGGAGCUUGGCGCCACCCCAGAAGCUCCUGUAGGAAAAGAAGGGACAUCCCCAUUGCCCUCCCCGCCCUCUGGCCCUUGGUUGUUCACAAGUCUUAACUUACUGUCCCUUCAUAGAGUAGCCUGGGUGUUUAAAGCGCCUGGACCGGAUUCAUGUGUUGGUGUCUGUGGAAGCAACACCUCUGGGUUCCCAGCAGCCAAUGGCCCAGGUCAGGGAAAUCUGCUUUUGUGCAGGGGAAGGGGAAGAUGAAUGUGUUGCCUAGGUCUGGGCAGCCUGACUAAGGGUGCUACUCUACUGUGGUGCUGGAUGCUGCUGUGGAGGGUUGAGCCAGGAGUCUGCCAGGUCUUUAAAUAGCUGCCUUGGUGAUGGAACCUGCCUCCUGGCCAGCACUGCAACAAACAGUUCUGCGUCAGGCUCCUUCAGGAGCUCAGGUUGCCAGCUUUGCUCUGGUUCUCCCUACAUAGGUGAGAAGAGGUCCAGUCAGCACUUACCAGCUAGGAGUGUCUGGAUAUGAUGGGACAGUGCUAUUGCCCAGGAAUGAGUGACAACUGGUUGUUUUCAAUAAUAUGGAGAUGACAGUUGUGUCUCAGGAUUAUAAGGAUUAAAUGUCCAUAAAAGGCUUAACAGGUCACUUGGAUACGUGGCUGUCUUUGUGUAUUCUGGUGGCUGCUGCUUAUCUUUCUUUUAUACUGAUAUAUUGCCUAUACCCACACAUUCAUUUAUUCCUAUCACCCUCCUUCACACAAAGCCACCACCAUUUUGUAAGGGAUUCCCUCCAGACGUGACAAAAAACAAGGUAUUUUAAACCGACAUCCAAAAACUAACAGAGUCCCCUUAGAGUAAGAGGAACUGUUAGUCAAUAUGAGGACUCUCCUCCCGUUCAGCCUCUCAAAGAAGGCUACUUUCUCUUUAAAUGCAAAUCACCUCCAGCCAGCUUUGCUCCCACCAGCUCUAGUUCCCGGGAGAAGAGAGAGAGAGCAGGGUAAAGGGAGAUUACGAAGAAGCACCAUUUCUCCCUGCACAUCCCAAACCUCCAGACCUGAGGUCCAAAAAGCACCCAAUGGAUGACAAAAAGAAGAAACGGAGUCCUAAACCCUGCCUGGCCCAACCAGCACAGUCCUCAGGCACACUACGGAGAGUCCCUGUACCCACCAGCCACAGUGGUUCCUUGGCCCUGGGACUCCCUCAUCUGCCAUCACCCAAGCAGCGAACCAAGUUCAAGAGAGUAGGCAAGGAGAAAUGCCGACCAGUGCUGGCUGGAGGUGGCGGCGGCUCUGCAGGCACACCCCUGCAACACUCCUUCCUGACCGAGGUGACAGAUGUCUAUGAGAUGGAGGGGGGACUGCUGAACCUGCUCAAUGACUUUCAUUCAGGCCGCCUGCAGGCCUUUGGGAAGGAAUGCUCCUUCGAGCAGUUGGAGCAUGUGCGGGAGAUGCAGGAGAAGUUGGCCAGACUGCACUUCAGCCUGGAUGUGUGUGCGGAGGAGGAGGACGAGGAAGAGGAAGACGAUGGCGUCACAGAGGGCUUGCCUGAGGAGCAGAAGAAGACGAUGGCUGACCGUAACCUGGACCAACUGCUUAGCAAUCUAGAAGAUCUUAGCAAUUCCAUACAGAAGCUGCACUUGGCAGAGAAUGCUGAGCCUGAGGAGCAGCCAGCGUCGUAGGUGUGGGAUCCAGGCCUAGACUGCUUCUCUCCUUCCCUUCAAACUGUGAUUUUUUCCGCAGUCCCCCAGGUGCUACGAGGUGGGGGGCCCUGGUUGGAAUUAAACAUGCGGAAGAACAA